CACACAGGCAGGAUAAAGAGCGUCUGUGACUGCUGGAGCUACAGGCAGUAUGCACAAGGUGUCUGAAAGUCUAAGAGUGAGAGCAACAUAAUCUGCUGCAGCAUCUGUGACCUUGCUGCCUACAGGCUGCCUGCGUUCAUUUAUGUAGCUAAACUUCAAGAAGGCAGCCUCUCCCUUCAAUCCAUUCUUUGGUUUGGGUUUCAGAGCAGAAUCGCAUGCAUGACACUCCGAAAAGGAGAGAAAAUGACCAUAAGCAUCCAAGAGCAUAUGGCCAUUGAUGUCUGCCCAGGUCCCAUCAAGCCUAUCAAACAAAUCUCUGAUUAUUUCCCUCGGUUUCCCCGUGGUAUUCCAGCAGCUGUGACUCGUGCUAACUCCCUGAAAUCUAAUGUGAACCAACCUUCUGUAAGCCCUUGUGAAAGUUCCAAGGAGGAAGAAGAGGAUGUGGACAAAUUAUUUGGAGCCUAUGGAACUGCUUCCACUGCACCUUCCAAACAUGAAGAGGAAGGGGACCUGGAUGGAUAUGAGUCUGAUGACUGCACUGCUCUUGGGACACUGGAUUUUAGCUUGCUGUAUGAUCAAGAAAACAAUGCCCUGCACUGCACUAUCAAUAAAGCCAAGGGUCUGAAGCAAAUGGACCACAAUGGGCUGGCUGAUCCAUAUGUGAAACUACAUUUACUUCCUGGUGCUAGUAAGGCAAACAAAUUACGAACAAAAACCUUGCGGAACACUCUGAACCCUACAUGGAAUGAAACUUUAACAUACUAUGGCAUAACAGAUGAAGACAUGAUUCGAAAAACAUUAAGAAUUUCUGUAUGUGAUGAGGAUAAAUUCCGUCACAAUGAAUUCAUCGGGGAGACAAGAAUUCCUCUGAAAAAGCUGAAGCCAAAUCAAACCAAAAACUUUAGCAUCUGUCUAGAAAAGCAAUUGCCUAUAGAUAAAACAGAAGACAAAUCUUUGGAGGAACGUGGGCGAAUCCUUAUAUCGUUAAAGUACAGCUCCCAAAAGUCAGGUUUGCUGGUGGGCAUCAUAAGAUGCGCUCAUCUGGCAGCAAUGGAUGCCAAUGGGUAUUCCGAUCCCUAUGUAAAAACAUACUUAAAACCGGAUGAAGACAAGAAAUCAAAACACAAGACAGCUGUGAAAAAGAAAACAUUAAACCCAGAGUUCAAUGAGGAAUUCUGUUAUGAAAUAAAACAUAGUGAUCUUGCAAAAAAGACCUUAGAAGUCACUGUUUGGGACUAUGAUCUUGGGAAAUCUAAUGAUUUUAUAGGUGGAGUUGUUUUGGGAAUCAACGCAAAAGAAGAGCGACUUAAACACUGGUUUGACUGCCUGAAAAACAAAGACAAGAAAAUUGAACGCUGGCACACUUUAACGAAUGAGCUCCCAGGAUCUGUCAUGAGUGACUGACCCGAGUUUCCCCGCUCUGUGUUGUGAUAGCACAGCUAGAAAGACACACGCUAUGCCUUGGUCCUCGCCACAGUUUACAGUUUUUCUGAGAGGAUGAAAGAUGUCCAUUUACCUGAUGUUGUUCCAGCUGGGGCACUAAUGCAGAGAACCUUCAUCUUACAGGAUUCUAAUUUGUGUUUCUUUCGUAUAAAUGAAUGUUCUAUAUAUGGUGGUUUUUCAGCAAGAUGGCAAAAGCUAUUUCUGUUGCACAGCCAACUCUCUUUAACACAGUGCAGGGGCCGCAGGUCUGGAUCUAAUAACACAGAGUAACCAAUCAGGAGAAUGUAUUGUCCCCUUAUCUGGAGCAGUGAUGUUGGGAGUUGUGGCUCUGCAACAGCUCCAAUGGGAGUUUCUCCUGUGACUAUGUUAUUGUACACAGCUUGUGGGCUAAUUAUAUUAUAAUUUCAUCAUUAUUUGCAGGUAGUAGUAUCUGCAGAUGCCAUGAAAAGAGUUAUCCCAUUUGAAAUAUAAUCAACAGUUACUCAUUUCUUGCCGCUCAGCAUCCCAUUGCUAUUAAUUGCUAUUUAUUCGAUUCUGCUACAUGAGAGAAUACCAAACACAUUUCCUAGUUACUUUUAAGAAAUCAAGCUUUGUGGAUUGUUAAAGGGGGAGGUUCAGCUUUUAGUUAACUUAGUAUGUUAUAGCAUGGCUAAUUCUAAGUAACUUUUCAAUCGGCCUUCAUGUUUUCUUUUUUUAUAGUUUUUAAAUUCUUUGCCUUCUUCUUCUGACUUCUCCUACUCCAGUCGUUUAUUCAAAUGAAUGCAUGUUUGAAAGACUAAUGUGAAUCCUAGCAACCAGAUUGCUGCAAC